UGUUCCUUAAAGGAAAUUAAGUAAGCCAUCGUUCUUUUUGUUCAAUAAUUAUUGAGUUUGUAAAUUAUUUUUCCAGGGGCGUGGUCAAAGACUGGAUUAUUGAUAUGACACAGAAAUAAUGACUUAAGAUCCACAUUAAGAAAUUAAUAAUGGACACAAAUCUGUAUCUUGGACUUCCUGAAACUAUUGAAAGUUUACCAGACAGCAAUGAGCAGCUUAUUAUCAAACCCUUCCUCACCGAUUCGAUGGCCGGCGAACUUCUCAAAAAGUUAUAUGGCAUGGAAGCCAGUCACACCAAGGAACUUCCCAGCUUCUGUGACCAGAAUUUCCACGUAGGGGUUACCGGGGCCGGAGGCGCGGAAGACGGCGUCCGUGAGUUUGUUCUGAGGUUGAGCAAUACGAACGAUUCGUUGCAUCAGAGAGGGUGCUACGAUGACAUAAUUGGGGUGCUGAGGUAUCUACAACAAGCGGGCGCAUUGGGAAUGUAUCCCGCCCCAGUGAUGAAUCUCCAAGGGGAAUACUUGAGCCUGCAGACGUUCUAUCGUACUAAAGACAAGACGCAUGGUGUCUUCCUUGUGAUGCUAGUUACUUUCAUCCAGGGUGGAAUAUUAUCUGAGGUUGCUCCUUUAUCAAACCAACUCCUGUACAAUGUGGGAAAAGCUUUGGGAAGACUGAAUGCUACAUUGAUGGGGUAUAAAGGUGCAACCAGCAACCUCAAAGCACGUGCAGCAGACAACCGAUUCUGCAUGACUAGUGCAGGCAAUGUGAAACAGUACGUGUGUAGAGAAGCACUUCAGAGCAGACGGAAUCUAGCUAAUACAAUACUGGACCGAUUCAUCAAGGAUGUCAAACCGUUGGAAUAUGACAUGCAAAAAGGAGUGAUCCACGCAGAUGCUAAUCGAGCUAACAUUCUCAUUUCAGAACCCACCAAUCACUCGGAUGCAAUUCCAGACAUUGGCCAAUCAAGAAGCCCUGUUAUCAGUGGUAUUAUUGAUUUUAAUGACAUGUCCUAUGAGUGUCUGGUGUAUGACAUUGCAGGUAGCGUUGUUGAUAUGAUGGUCGGUCGGAAGGAUGACCAACCACUAGAGGGCGCUGGUCACUUCCUGGCUGGUUUUACCUCUGUGGUGCCACUGUCCCCAACAGAAUGGAAUUCGCUGUAUGUCUCAAUAGCCACCAGAUUCGUACAACUUCUUAUCAUGUCUUACGAUGAAUACUGCCAGCAAAUAGACCAACCAGACGAGUACAUCUUGAGAUUUGUCCACGCUGGCGGAUGGGAUGUACUCAGGGAAUUGUGGGAGACGCCACAGCAGCAGGUCGAAGCAAUAUGGGAAAGAAUUAUCCAAGUCUACAACAAUAACUAGUUCCUACACUACGCUUUUGACAAUAAUUGUACCAAUGCACUUUACAUAAGUGCCCUGCAGCCGAUUUCACGAAACGCUAGGAUGAAUCCUAACUCGAGUUAG